UUAGAUCCCUUAAUAUACAAUAUUUAUUCUAUUGGUUUCUGCUUUGUAUUUUUGUUCACACUUCCACUAAUUUCAAAUAUAUUUGCCUCCUUCACUAUAACAAUCCCACCAACCUUCCUUAUUUCUGUUCGACAACCCCAUUGUUCACAUUCUAAACACCAGAUAUUCAUGGAACAAGGUUCACCACCAAGCUUGGUUCUUUUUAAUUCGCAUCAAAGCCAAGAAUUCCAACCCCAUAACGACGACUACGAAGACGAUGAAGCUUUAUCUCUUUGUGAUCUCGCCACCAGCAAACACGAAGUCCCGAAAGCUAACCAUCCAGAAGAACAAUUUUCCGACGAUCUUGAACAAGAUUUCGACUUCGGUGGCGCCGGAAACAGUUUGCCGGAAAAUAAAAUGUGCAGCGCCGACGAGCUUUUCUUCCGUGGUCAAAUUCUGCCGUUACAGCAUUCAGUCACUUUACCUUCUGAGUUAACAACCGAAGGCCGGAGCUUCAUCCGCUCCAUCUCAUUUUCCGGAUCCGAACCUACAAGUGUUGUUAGCAGCCGAAGCAGCAGCACUCGUAGUAAUAAUUCAGGAACCAGUGGGAGUGGUAGUACCUCAGGAUCCGAAGUCACCAAAAUUCGAAACCAGUUCCAUUCCCACCCGAGUCCGAGGCCACAGAUCCGAACCCGUAACGUUCAUCACUCCAACCCGAAAACAUCAUCAAAGUGGAGCUUUUUACAGUUGGGUAUGAUGAAACCACAAGAAAUCGGAUUGGAGGAUCUCAAGAAUCGGAGCCAGAGAAGCCAUGGGAGUAGCAGAAGCAUCAGCAUGAACACGAAGGAUCAAAAUCAGAAUAAUAAGAAGAAGAAGACGCAACUAGCGUUGUUUGGAGGGUGUAAAUGUUCUUCAAAUGCCAUCGAAAACACAGUUUAUUCGAGGAUUCCGAUGGUCAAACCAACAGGUUUGAAAGAAGAAGAGACCAAAUCGCGAAUUUCGAAAGAAAGUAACGUUGGAAGAAGUAAAAGAUUUUUUGUUUAAAUUAAUUUUCUCUACAAUACAAGUAUAUAAAUAUUACACACACUAUAGGGCAUUAAGUUGAGAUUAUUUAAACUUUAGGGUUGCUUUUAACAAAUGGAAAAAUUCAUUGGUUGAUA